AUGCCAGUGUUAUAUGAUAAUUGGGAAAGGCUAGUCAGAGCCACUCUUAGCAGAGAGCAGCUGCGGCUGAGUGGUCUUAGGACCCCAAGUGAUGUUUCUUCGGCAUCAUUAUCAGCAUCUUCCUCCUUUAACUUCACUUCUGCUUCUACCCGAGUUUCGUCUUUUAAGAUAUCCUCCAGCUUACCAUUAAUUGGGAAAUCUUUUACUUAUGAUCAAAUCCUCCUGGCCACUGAUUACUUCAGUAAAUCCAAUUUCAUCAAGCAUGGCCGCUCUGGUGAUCUCUUCUACGGUGUUUUAGAAGGUGGACCUCAGAUUGUUGUUAAAAAGGUUGAUCUGUCAGUGUCAUCAUACUUGGUAACUGAAUUGGAAUUUUUUGGCAUGGUUUCUCAUGCUAGAUUUGUCCCUUUGCUGGGGCAUUGCUUUGAGAAUGGGAAUAACAAGUUUCUGGUUUAUAAGUACAUGCCUAACAAAGACUUGUCCAGUUAUUUGUGUCAUAGGGGAGUUGCCUCGGAUGAUAGCAAUGCUAAUUGGCAACAACCAGCAUCGUUAGAUUGGGUUACGAGGUUGAAGAUUGCAAAUGGAGCUGCACAGGGUUUGUGUUAUUUGCAUAACGAAUGUGUUCCACCCCUUGUUCAUAGAAAUGUUGAAGCUCGCAGCAUACUAAUUGAUGAAAACUUUGAAGCACGGAUAGGAAGGCUUGCUGAUGUCUGUACCGAGAAAAAAGAGAGACAUCAGAACAGGAUUUCAAGGUUAUUAUGGUUGUCAAAAUUCAGGGCUUCUGAAGGAGGCACUGCAGAAGGGAAGCAGAAUAGAAAACUGGUGGACCUUAAAUUUAAAUGGUGA